CUUCAGUCUUCAGUUAGCUUCAGUCCAUCUACUCUUUCCUGUACUGUACUGUAAAACUACACGCGGUUUAUUCCACUGCUUUCGGUUCGGUUCGCGUUUAGUGACUCCUUUUAUUAAAUUAAAUGAAAUUAAAAUUAAUUUAAUUACCUAAACAUCGAGAAAAAAAAUUAAUCACUUUAUUUAGAGCCAAUUAUUUUAAAUUUAAAACCGCGAAUCGCAUUCCAGCAAAGGUUACCAAGUUCAACAGCUUUCUAGUGAUCAAUCGUUGGAUCGAUGCGGAUGUAGAGUACGAACAUGAGGUCUCUCAGUGAAACUCUGAGUGAGAUGCCCGGAAAAAUAUUUUCUAUGUUCAGUGAAUAAUUUAUUAUGAGUGAAUUUGUUUUUAAAGAUUGUGAAUAUUUUUUUUUUUUAAUUAAAGUUUGAAGUUGGUUUAAAAAAUAGCUAGUCGGAUAGAAGCAAUUUAGAUCUUAUUUUGGUAUGAGGAGACUGAUACGCAGGCGCAGAAGCCUGACAGCAUUAACGGCGAUUAUGGGACGUCUCGGGAAGUCAACCCAAGGAACAACAAAACCUAUUUUUCGCGUUCAUUAUCGCAAACUCGUCGACGAGUACUCCCAGCAUCAGGAGCAACUUAAAUUCAUGCCGGCGUUACCGGAUUACAUGUCCUACUGCUGCUGCCGAUGCGGACACAUGCAGAAGCUUGAAGCUGAAGAAUUAAAUACAAUAGUUGGCAAUGCUUUUCGUAUGGCAUACGUGGCGCAAUUACAGCGCCAGCCAAUUAUCCAGGAUGUGAUCUCACCUCACUCAACGACUAUUUAUCGGAAAGAUUCAGCCCAAGAACAAAAAAACGUCUGGAACAAACCACUGGGAGGUGACAAUAACUCGAAAGAGAAUAAAGUUAUCAGCGGUAGCGGCGGAGGGGGCGGCGGUUUAGUGGGUGGCUGCAGAACCCCGUCCUCGAAUUCGUGGCUGAAGAGUCGCUCGGCGCCCACAUCUCGUUCUGGAAACGGCACAUCAACUGCGGACAUGAACGUCCAGCUUGGAAGUGCCGGCUCGCCCACGCUGCGACUCGCCAGCGUUAAGACACCAAACUCAAUACCAGGCCUGAGACCGUCUCACCCGUUCUCCAACGUCCUGGGACCAUUAACCAACCAAGAUGACCCAAAGAGCAUUUCGCAACAAAGUACGCCGAGCAGCGACGAGAGUAAUUCCCCGACGGAGCUGAACUCGUACAAGAGACUGACGGACAAGCCCCCGCUGAUAAAGCGGCUGACAAUGGGCCUCACGGGCGGUGUCUUGGGUCUCAAUAGCGAGGACGACAGUUGUCCCCUGGUAAGCGGGAGUAGCACGCCAACUAGUCCAACAAAUCGACCGCACUCAGGUGGAUACAUAAAUGAAGCUAUUAUUGACAACGAGGCCACCAGAACGACUUACAAUAAGAUUCCGGCGUCCGACAGUAUCGACAAUACUAUCAAUGUUUCAAUCACCACCAAGAAUUUCAAUAUCGAGAACAACAGACUGGCGCCUGACAAUUCGCCCAACAGUGGCGACACUGAUUUUAAAACAAAACGCCGCUCUCAAAUCAGCACUUCAAGCAGCUCCGUACCAGCUGAUGGAAGUACUCACGGCUCGACGCCCACUCCACCUCCACUUCCCGAAAGAACUGAUAGUCUUAAUAACCGGUGUGAGGAAGGCGAACUUAGAAAAGCUCCUUGGUUCCAAGCUGGUAUACCUAGGGAAAUAACGCUGGAGGUGUUGAGCCAAGAACCGGAAGGUGCUUUCAUGGUUAGAGAGAGUACCAGCAAACCUGGAUGCUAUGCAUUAUCCUUGCGCGUUCCACGUGACUUUCAACCCAGUGGAAUUGCUCACUAUCUCAUCAUGCGAACAAACAAAGGCUACAAGAUAAAAGGCUUUACAAAGGAAUUUACAACCCUAACUGCACUAAUAACUCACCACUCAGUAAUGAAGGAGCUAUUACCUUGUCCUCUGUCUCUAAGCCGCUACAAUCCGAGCUUCGUCAAGACAGACUCUAACAAAGACUUCGCCGACAUUGAUUCAGACCCUGAUUACAAUACUCUAGCGGACUUUCGUAAAAUGAUGGCUGAUUUAAAUGUCUAAUUUAAUUUUAUUUAACAAUAAACUGUUAAUUGUGAUUAUUAACUAAAAAAUAAAU